UGUAAGGCAGCAGCAUUGCAGUUGUGUAAGGUCGGUGUGUAAAUAAUAUAAAACAGAAAUCACAUCGGAAAGUAUUGCAGUCAAGUCUCGAACUGGCAACACAGAAUCGCGUGGAGAUGAGCGUGUGGUGGGCGUGUCUUCUUUCUCUGGGGCUGUUUGGUCUGGCUCAGGCACAGCCCAUGUUCUCUGUAAAUACGGAUACAGUUCUGCCUCCCCAUGCUCUUCACAACCCCACCCAGCUGAAUUAUGGGAUGGCAGUGACAGAUGUGGAUGGAGAUGGAGAUCUAGAAGUGGUGGUGGCCGGGUAUAACGGCCCAAACUUGGUUCUGAAGUAUAACAGUACCCAGAACAAACUGGUAAAUAUUGCCAUAGAUGACCGCAGUUCCCCAUAUUACGCCCUGAGAGACCUGCAGGGAAACGCCAUCGGAGUGACGGCCUGUGAUGUGGAUGGAGAUGGAAGAGAGGAGAUCUACUUCCUCAACACCAACAACGCCUUCUCAGACCCUAUACAAUUCUUUCUAGGCCGGGCAACGUACGCAGACAAACUGUUCAAAGUGCGUAACGGUCGUUUUGAGGAUUUGCUCAGUGAUGACGUAAACGUAAAGAAGGGUGUGGCCAAUCACAUGGCUGGACGCUCAGUCGCUUGUGUUGACAGAAAGGGAACCGGCCGCUACUCGAUUUACAUGGCAAACUACGCCAGAGGGAACGUGGGGCCGCACGCGCUGAUAGAGAUGGAUGAAGCAGCCAGUGAUGUCGAAAAGGGCAUCAUUGUGCUGUCUGAUGUUGGGGCGCAAGCUAAUGUUAACAAGUACACAGGUGGGCGUGGCGUAGCUGUUGGUCCAAUCCUCAGCGAAACAAGAUCAGACAUUUUUUGCGACAAUGAAAAUGGACCAAACUUCCUGUUUCAUAACAACGGUGAUGGCAAGUUCGAAGACGUGGCUGCAGGUGCAGGAGUUGAAGACAGAAAUGAGCACGGCAGAGGUGUGGCUCUGACUGACUUUAAUGGUGAUGGGAAGACUGACAUUGUUUAUGGCAACUGGAACGGUCCACAUCGCCUUUACCUGCAGGACAGCACGCAAAAAUUCAGGAAUAUCGCCACGAAAGCGUUUUCCUCUCCUUCACCCAUUCGUACAGUUAUCGCUGCAGACUUUGACAAUGACCAGCAGCUUGAGGUGUUCUUCAAUAACAUCGCUUACAGAGGAAACGCCCCCAACAGAAUCUUCAGGGUGUCGAGGAAGGAGAAUUCCGACCCUGACAUCACAGAGCUGGAUGUGGGCGAUGCUUCUGAACCACAAGGGCGGGGCACAGGUGCCACAGUCACCGAUUUUGAUGGUGACGGUCUGUUGGAUUUAUUGGUGGCUCAUGGUGAGAGCGCGUCACAGCCAAUCUCUGUUUUUAAGGUCAACCAGGGCUCAAAUAAUAAUUGGCUGCGUGUGGUGCCCCGCACAUGUUUCGGGGCGUACGCCCGUGGAGCAAAAGUGGUGAUGCACACCAAACAGAGCGGCGUCCAUACACGCAUUAUAGACGGGGGGUCCGGUUACCUGUGCGAGAUGGAGCCUGUGGCUCACUUUGGAUUAGGGAGUGAUGAGGCCACCAGCAUUAAAGUGUAUUGGCCGGAUGGGAGUUCAGUUGUCCGCCCGCUUGAGUCUGUCGACAUGAACACAGUCAUUGAGAUUUCAUACCCAAAAGAAGGGGAGGAGUCAACCUUUACAUCUGACGCACAGGUAUGGAUGCAUGCAAAUGAGGAGGAGGAGUCAAUGCACACCUGAAAGAGGCGGUGACACUCUGAGAGAUUUGUCUGUCUGGACGUGUCAACGUCAGGUGAUGCAUGAUGUCAUCGUGUCCGAUGCGCAUUAGUUUACAUUCAACAAACUGGAGAAGCGUUUGCACUGAAAACUUCAGCCAUUGACCUUGACGUGUUCAAAUUAAAUAACAAAAAGUUUAAGUUUACAUUAAAUACACCAAGGGGCGGUUUCCCAGACACGGCUUAAGCCUAGUCCUAGACUAACUUAAAUGUUAGAGGUGUCUUGAUCGAAAACAACUUGCACUGACAUAACUUAAAAUAUAUGAGUGCGAUUGUUUUGUCUCAAGAUGCAGGCCUGUAAUGUUGUUUGUAAAAUAAGUUUUUUCAAUUGAUUUAAAUAUCCUAAUUUAACUAAGGCCUAGUCCUGAUUUAAACUAAUCCUUGUCCGGGAAACCGCCCCCAAGUGUUUUUUCUAGAAAUAGUUUCUAACUAUUAGUUUCUUCAGUAUCUGUCUAAUAAAAACAAAGUUGUUCUUGACAGUCUGACAGUCUCUUACUUUUUCUUUCUUUCUUCAGUCGAUUCCG